CGUAUUGCGUUUAUCGACUGUCAAGCCAGAUGUAGCUGUCAGCUGCUGCUUUUCGUUCGUGGCAAUUGUUUAAAAUUGCUUUGAUUCUAUUACAAAGGCUUUAAUCGACUAUGAAUGAGCCAGCAAGAAGACCAUCAGUGGCCGGUGGCACAAGCACUGCUGAAAAGCUUUGCUUUGAUAAAAAUGAGUUCAUGAAGGAAAAUUUCUCCGUGGAUGAGUUUCUACACAAGAAUCGCAACGCCCCUAGCCUGGAGCAGUUGCGCGACAACUUGGGCCUCUAUCUGAAGGGUCUACGCGCCGCUAUGAUCGAUCUUAUCAAUGAGGACUAUGCGGAUUUCGUUAAUUUGAGUGCCAAUUUGGUGGGUCUGGACCAAACCAUCGACACUAUACAACGCCCUUUGGAGCAAUUUCGUACUGAAAUCGAGGGCAUACACAGUUUAAUUGAGGAAAAUGUGGUUGAGCUGCGCAGUCAGCUCGAGGAGAAGCGUAAAUUGCGUGAAUUUCAACGCAGUUUGCAAAGCCUUAAGAAAGUAUACGAGAUUAUGGAGAAGUUGCAGGAGUUGAUAGCGAACAAGCUAAGCGAAGACGAGCCCGCCCAGGCUGUUGACUUGGAGCGUGCUGCACUUGACCUGAUACAGUUGAGAUUCCAUGAGAAACACUGCGACACUCAGCUGAGCAAUUUACACAGAUCCACAAUUCAACAACUGGAGGAGCAAGUACAUCAGGAAUUACGUCGUUUCCUGUACACCUCACUGCAGCAGGCGAAGAACGGUGCCUCCGAGCACUUGGAGCGCUGUCUGCGCAUCUACAUCACACUCGAUGCGUGUGACCGAGCAGAGCGCGCUUUUCGCGAAGAUAUUGUUGCUCCCUAUAUGAGCGCCAUCAUUGGCGAGCAGCAGCUGCAGAAUUCGCCACAGGGAUUGGCUGGCAUUUAUAGCAAAGUAUUGAAUUUUAUAUCGCUGCAUAUGGCGGAUCUGUUGCGUCUAACGCUCUACUCGGAUAAGUUAAACGGCUUCAAUUUUGUGGUCAACAGCUUCUGGGCGGAUGUUGAGAUGCGCCUGGAGCUGCACAUGAAUUCAAUAUUUGCACCAGGCAACUCGGAGGUGUUCUAUGUGAAAUACAAAUGCACACGCGAUUUUCUGGCCAAGAUUGAGGAGUUGCUGACGAGCCGCGGCGAAAAGGUAGUCUCCUCCUUCCGCCAUCACAAUCAAACCAAAAGCUUCGAGGCACGCUGGAAUCUGCCCGUCUACUUUCAGAUCUGCUUUCAGGAAAUCGCCGGAAAAUUCGAGGCACAGUUAGAGCCCCUGCUCAAAGAUGAUUCGCUCCAAGCCCAUCCAGAGGGAGAUGCCUAUCACCUAAUGCCCUUCAAUGGUGCCAAAGAAGCAUUGACUCGCUGCUGGUCCGAGGGCGUUUAUUUGUCGGAGGUAUUUGCCAAAUUCUACAAGCUCAAUGUUCAGAUAGUUUUGCGCCUCUCGCGCUGGAUCCGAGAUGUCAUCAAGGAGGCCAAGAGCAGUAGCUACUCAAAGCCAUACACACGGAAUCAAUUGUUAAUUGCUCUAUACACGGACACACGCCAAUUAGAAUCAUAUUUGCCGCAGUUGCAGCAGCUCAUCAUGCAGUCGGCGCCGGAGACCAAGAAUCUAGCAUUGUUCAACAAUGUCUUGGGCAAGUCCAUAGCCGACUUGGUUGACACACUGGGCAUGCACCUCACCAACAUACAGGACACAUUGAAGCAGCUGCUAAUCACCGAAUGCGGGGCAGACAAUGUGCGACAAGUCAACGAUCUGCCGCGUUUGUAUCGCAAGACGAACCGUGAGGUACCGACUCGUUGUUCCAGCUACGUGGAGCAGAUGCUGCGUCCGCUCAAAGCAUUUGCCGCUCAGCAUGAGAAACAGCUGGGCACACUGGUGGUGGAGCAGAUACUGGCCGAGGUGUGCAGCAACAUAACCAAGGCCUACUUCAAUGUGGUUAGUGAGGUGCUGACAUCAGUCCAGAAAACCGAGGAAUCAUUGCGUCGUCUACGUAAUCUCAAAAGCGGCGGUGCAUCCAAUUCACAGGGCAGCGGAAGUGCAUCCACUGCGGUAUCGGAUGACGAUAAGAUACGACUGCAGCUGCGCGUCGAUGUGGCCGCCUGGACUCUGGAACUGGGCAAACUAAACUUUAAACCCAAACAAAUUGACAAACUCGUGGAGCUCUCCAACAUGGUGGAGGAGAGCAUCAAGUCGAAGGAGAGUGCUUAAUGGAGGAAUGCAAAUCAAACAAAAUCAUAUUUGAAAAUAUUUACAUGCUUCAAUUUAUUUACUGUUAACCGAUUGCUAGUGUUUCUUUAGGCACAUUAUUUGUAUAUAGUUAAAAAAUUUUAUAAAAUAUUUAUAUAUAUAUAUCAUAUAUGUAGAUAUAUAUAUAUACAUAUAAAAAUUUUAUGUAUAUCGUAUAUAAAUGCAUCAAAUUUCACGUGAACUGUUGUCUGUUGGCCUUGAUUUAGUCGCUGUUUGGAAUAAAGAUAAAAGAGAUUACACAUCUAUCAAAGAUUGCUCAUGCAAAUCAAAUGUAAAAUGCAUGCUAAACUGUAUAAUAAACUCAAUUUGUUUAUGCAUUAGCUAUUGUAGAAUGCGGGGCAGAGUGCAAAGAGAGGAAGACAUUGGGAUAACUCAAGCAGAAAUUGCGUGCUAGUAAAAUUCUAAGCAAGCAGCAACAGCUUAAUUACAGUUUGAGUUCCUCCGUGUCGGGCAACUUCUUGAAGAACCAGUCCAAAUGCUCUUCGGUGACCUCGGACAACGUGGAUGGUUGCCAUUUGGGCUUCUGAUCCUUGUCGAUGAGCAGGGCGCGCACACCCUCCUUGAAGUCAGCGCGUGGCUCAAGGUGGCGCACGGCCAGGCGAUAUUCCAUGAUCAAACACUGGGCCAGCGAAAGCUGGGCUCCCAGCUCCAACUGACGGAAUGUUACCUUCAGCGAGGUGGGAGAGACUUUGCUGAGGAUCUAUAAAUAAAUAAAUAAAUGAUUCAA